AUGCCCAAGGAUGACAAGACCAGGAUCAAGGUCUUGCAAUGGGUCCACGCUGCUGAGGCAACAUUCGCUCUCCAUGGCCUAGCAAUUCUGUACGCGCGAUGGAACAUCAAGGACGCACCCGAAGGAGUUCUUGAAGCGGCCGAGAAAGGCAUGUCUGUCAAUGUCCAAAAUGACAUGUCAUGGCUGGAGAGCGAACUCUCCCUUUCUCCAGGUGCGUUCCUGGUAGGCGACCGUCCUACUGCGGCAGACAUCAUGAUGCAUUUCUCUGCCACCUUCAUCAUUGCUAGAGAGCUGGGCACGAAUGGAAAAGAAUGGUCAAACAUCAACAAGUGGCUCAAGGCUUGCGAGGACUCAGAUAGCUACAAGCGUGCAGUCAAGAAAACGGGACACAGCUUGACCCACAGCCAUGGUCCGAGCACUCAGAGCAAGUGA